AUGGGGAGUCUCAGGCCCCUCCUGCCUUACUGGCAGAUGAACGUGCCCGAGGAUGAGAGGACGGAGGAGUGUCCAGAUUACCUGAGCAACCUGAGCGCCAAAGACGUUGGCAUCAUCGGCACGCCAGACGCAGAAUGCCACGUGGCCACGUGGCCCGAGGUCCAGAAGCUGGUCGCGGAAAACCGGCUGGAUCAGUUCCAGAGAUUGCCCUCCGAGCUGCGGAGGUAUCUGGGCUUCAGCUGGGAGCUGAAACAAGACUAUGGAAGCGUCAUGAACUUUAUGUUGACGCAGAGACUGCAAUGGACAGCGCCCGUUUGGCCGAGAGGAAGGCCCUUCGAGUUUGGGGAUGAUGUGAAGAUCUUGUGGAACGACUGGCCGUACGGGAUCGAUGAGCGGAUAGUCCAUCUGGUGGUGUGGACCAAGUUCGACCUGGAGGAGGAUCCUAUCACCGACGACCUCACGGACAAGGCGAGGGCGGAGAUCGAUGACUAUGUUCAGAAGACUUUUGGGUCGAGUCUGCCAAAGGACCACUUCGUCUGGUUCAAGAACUGGCGAUCACUGAAAUCGGUCCAGGCAGUCGAGCACUUUCACGUCAUGCUGUUCGACCCGGAUCCUGCCUUCAUAGACGAGGUCACUGGAGGCGACGUGCCGCUCUGUCGCAAGGUCUAG